UAACAACCAUUCAAACAAGGUGUAGUGCAUUUGCUUUGUCACUUAUAUAAACACACUUGCUUUCUCGAUAGUACACAAAAAUGGCAGCAUCUUUAGCAAUUGCGUUGAAGAGUCUCUUCGCCGUAUUAGGAUUUUCGAUUGCCGCCGCUGUAAUCUACACUGCCGCCAUUGAUGGCCUCCCAUUCCGCAUGGAGCUUCUCACUCCGUUGAUGGCUGCGACCCUGAUGGAUUCUUUCAUCUACGUAUUAAUAAUAUGGUCCUGGGUUGUCUACAAGGAAUCAAACUGGAUUACUGCAAUACUUUUGGGGGUCUUACUAGUAUGUUUUGGAAGCAUUACUUUAUGUGGCUACAUUCUAUUGCAAUUCCUGAAGCUUUCAACUCAGGAAUCUUUACAGGAUCCAAUUUACUUUGUCCUAUUACAACGCCAUAAAAAGUGAGUAGAUAUUUGCUCAAAGUUCGUCUCUUCUUUAUAGUUUAUGUAUGCAUGUCCAAUUGUUUGAGGAUACUCGUGAAACUGACAUAUCAUGUCCAAGUUUGGUGUUUAGUCAGAGAAUAUGUUCAAGUGUAAUAAAUAAUUGUUGUUAACAAGAGAUAGCCCUUAUUUUUCCUUCAGUUUCGUAUUGUGUCUAUUACUUCGUUCAGAGUAAGCAUGCAGUGAAAAUAUCUAGAAAAAUGUGGUUCACAACAUUCAAAGAAAUGGAAGAACAUCUCUUCACAGGUCAAGACAAUGGUGGCAACAUAGCCUGUACUGCAGGACUGAAACAGAACAAUGGAGGAAGUAUUCUCUUUUAACUGCAAGAAUUCUAUCUCUUGCUUUGGGCAGUCUGAUGCUAGGGACACUGAUUUAUAUCCUUGUAACUUAUGGUUCUCCAUUUCACAGAGAUACUUUCACUCCGUGGAUGACAACAACACUAAUUGAUCACUUUGUCCUUGCUGUACCUCUCUCGGUCUGGGUUGCAUAUAAGGAAUCAAGUUGGCUAAGUGCAGCUUUUUGGAUCAUACCAAUUAUUUUGUUUGGCAGCACCAUCACAAGUGCCUAUAUUGCUCUUCAACUUUUCAGUCUCUCAUCUCAAGAUCCCGCGUACCUUGUUCUUUUCAGCAGCAGCAGCAGCAACAGGGAAGAAAAAGAGGGUAUAAAGGAACCUCUCAAACGGACAGCAUAGGAGAAGGUCAAAUGAGCAAGAAGUUAUAUGGUUUAUUUGAUCAUUGGACUCUUUCAUCUUCUUUUUUUCCUAAUAAAUAUGUCAACAAUAUAAAGUUCCAAUCUACAUAUGUUUGUGUAAAAGAACCAAAAUGUUUCUUGUAAUAAUUAUGUUACUGUUUGUUGUGGACUUAAAUUUUGUUA